CGAUUUAGUCGCUGGAUAUCAAUAUGACGCUAGCUUCACACACAUUUUAGUGUUGUGGUUUUGUUUUACUCAUAGAUGAGAGGUUUAUAAAGAGUUCAAGUUUAAGGGUUUCAAGUGAAAAACCACAAAGUGUUAAAAUUUUCUUUAAAGCUUGCUGUUGAAUCUUAACUAUGUCGUUUUCACUUGGGGGUCCACCGAAAACCGCCUCAGGCUUCACUUUACCCUCAGCAACUCCCACCACUACACCUUCUACAGGCUUUUCAUUCGGUGGGGUAGCUCAACCCGGUUCUGGGGACAAUAAAGCAGCGUCCACCUUAUUUUCAACUCCAGUGAAACCUGUUACUACUACGGCCAGUACAGGGAGUUUAGGAUUCGGUUUUGGUGGGCCGGCAAAAACUAGUGCUAGUUUAAGUUUUGGCACUGCAACUCCGCAAACUACCCAGGCACCUACUUUGGGAGGGUUCGGAUUUGGUGCUGGGACUACUUCUUCAGCUGCCGCAACAACUGCUGCAACUACAAGUGCUGCUGCUGCACCUCCAUCUUUACAAUUCAGCUUUGGUGGAGCUGCUGCUUCUACAGCUGUCCCCGCUGCCUCCACAUCAACCACCAGCUUUACACCAAUUUUAGGUGGGGCGAGUGCUAGCACCACCACUAGCACUGCUGCUAGCAGUACCCCUGCCUCCUCUUCAACUGGUUUAUUGUUUGGUACACCAGCUGUGGCCGCUUCUGUAGCAUCAGUGCCUAAACUAGGAUUAGGUACUACAACAAGUGCAGCAAGCACUGGUGCAGGAUUUUCUUUGGGGGGCACAACUGCGACAGCCAGUGUAGCUCCAAGUCAGACGACAAAAUCUCAAGCUGUCCCAACUGCUAGUUCAUUAACGUUCUCCCAAUUAGAAGAUUCGAUUAAUAAAUGGACCAUAGACUUGGAAGAACAGGGAAAGUUCUUUGUUAAUCAGGCCAAACAACUUAACGCUUGGGAUACCCUUCUUAUUUCUAAUGGAGAAAAAAUCCUAAAUUUAAAUAGUAGCAUAGAAAAAGUGAAACAGCAACAGUCUCAGCUGGACCAGGAAUUGGAUUUUAUUCUGGCACAACAAAAGGAACUGGAGGAACUCGUCGGGCCACUGGAGAAGGAGCUGAUUGAUAUUCCUGUGCAAGAUAUUGAUCGGAAUCAAAUGUACCAAUAUGCAGAAGUCAUCGAUUCUCAACUGAAACAGAUAUUAGAUGAUUUAAAAGAAAUAAUUGAAAAUAUCAAUGAAUCAAAUAGGGAUGAGGAAGUGGCCGCAAACCCAAUUACUCAGAUAAGUAAGAUUUUAAAUGCCCACAUGGGUUCCCUGGAGUGGAUAGACACGAAUACCGCACAAAUCAGCAGACAGUUAGAUGAACUUUCUAAACUCGAAGAGGCCACUAAGAAGAACUUGAGUUUGAACCAUUCUUCUACAUCCAUGUUUAUGUAAUUAUAUGAAAAUAGGCACUUAAUAAUAAAUAUUUUUUUCUUAUAAA